AUGGCAAUAGGUGCAGUUUUAAUAGAAACCAAAGAUACUAAUAAGAGCUUGGAAUUGGAAAAGCUAAAGAACAUAGGUGAAGAGUGUUCCAAUAUAGAAUCAGAUGCAACAAAUAGGGAACUAUCAUCUGAAGAUGAAUCGGAUUGUAUUCAAAGUGAGACAUCUGAUGCUGAAGAGGCCAUUACCAACGAUGUAAAUGAAAGUGCCAUCAAAGUGCUCAGGAAAAGGUGUAAGGUGCUAAGUAGUUCAGACUCUGAUGAAGAAACUGAAAACACCUUUCAGGAGACCGAAACAGCUGCCGAUGGUGCUGUGUGGUUAAAAUUUGACGUAGGUCGUAUUCCUGGAAGGUUACCAUCUACUUGUGUUUUCAAGGGUGUGAAAGGGCCAACAGGCUACGCAAAAAAGAACAUUAUGGCAGAUAAUCUUGUUAAUGCAUCUCGUUGA